CCCUGAAAUACCCACGCGCUUCACACACAAGAGCAAACUCUGGCUCCACCAAUUUGUUGUGAUGUUACGGCCCAUUCACCAGGGCAGCCUCUGCUUUACAAGGUACGGGCCAGGAGAGCUUGCAAAAUACGUGUAGGCCAAAAGGGGGUCAGGCUAUUUGUGGUUCGGGAUGGUAUGGGAACCCGAAUCAAAUUGAUCUUUAUUAUGGACCAGCAUAAUACACCUAGACGUCUUAGCAGGCUGUGUGAAGCUGGCCGCUACAUUAAGUCUCAGUUGGGUGUAUUUGUUUGGAAAUCACAAGUUAUAUGGUAGGUACAUAGCAAUUCUGUUUUAUCACUCCAGGUUUAGGGUUUAGUAUAUUGUGUGGUCACAGUUAAUCUACGUUUACUGUGGAAGGAGGAGAAAGUAUGCCUCUUGCUCACUUCAGAGCCACAAAGGAAGGUCAGCUCUUUGAGGCCCUCGUAAAUAAAUCACAGAGAGACUGAGAUAGUUGAUGGGGUGUGUCUGUGUUAGAUUAUUUAUUCAUUGUUAUUGUUAAAUUCCUCCCAAUGAAACUGACUGUUUGCCUACCGGAGUAAUAUCAGGAUCUCUGCUCUUUUCUAAAGAAAAGCUCUAUGAGCAAGGUUGGAGCCAGUUAAUAUUUGGAUGAGAGACCACUAGGUAAUCUUGACAAGGUUAAUGGGGAAGAAACUACUAGAUACUGAGAUAGCCGGGGUGGUAUAGCGGUUAAGAUGUUGAAUGGGCACAACUGAGCCCCAAGUCCAGUUCCCCCUCCACCACAGUAACUCACUGAUGUCUUUGGGCCAUUUGCUCCAUCUCAGCCCACCCUACCUCACAGGGUUGUUAUGAGGAAACAUGGGAUGAGGGAACACUAUAUAUGCUGCCGUAAGUGCCUGAAAAAAAGCAGGAUAUAAAUCGAACAAAUAAAUAAUACAGUAUAGUAAUACAUUGACUUCCAAGCAAACAUAGAUGGCCCAGCUAGGAGGCAGCGGCCAAAUCAUUUAUUAGCCUUUUGUUAAUAAAAUGGUAGCCAGGGUCGGGAUAGGAGACCACCAAGAAAUUCCACGGGGCUGGAAGCUAGACUGGGAAGUUGGGGGAGAAACGCCAGAAAGCAAGUAAGGGGAAGUGGCUUAUUUGUGGCUCCCAAGAAAUGGACCUGGGCGCAGCCGUGAGAUCAGCAAACAUCCUGCUUGAGGACGGCGUGUCUCAACCUCAGCCACGGGGCGUUGCAGUCCACCCCCCUUAACGUGGCCAAGGUUGAGAAACGCCGGCCUAGACAGGUGGGGAAAGGGCCCUUCGGUCAGCGGCGGGGCGCGCGUGCCACUGCUUGCGCGCUGAGCUCCGAGACCGGGCGGGCGAGGCCCUUCGGCGGAGCCCCACCUGGGCUGGUCGAGCAGGUUUGAAAGUCCAAGGGACGGGCGGAAAGCGGCGAUUGCGCAGCGCCCAAACCCGCCGAGCUGCUACCUGGAGCCGCGAGUCGCGGGCGGGAUCUUCUCGCCCGGCGUCUAACCCCACUCCGAUCUCGCCCCGGCGUGAAACGUGAGCGUGGAAGGGGCGCCGCACGGGACGAGGCGCAGCACGGCCCCACGUGUUCAUGGCCUGUUUUCCCAGGUCCUCCUUUCUGCAUACAGAAGCCGUCUGGGGAAGAAGGAACGGAGACUACAGAGGUUUAGCAGAAAAAGCCUGACAGAUACGGAACAUCUCUAAAAGGUUUGGCAGUUCAAGAUGUCAGCGGUCGCCCCUUCGGAAGACGUGGCAAUGGUGCCCUUGGGAAAGGACUUGUCCCCAGACCAGCCGACGCAAAGCCACACCCAGCAGCAGAUCCCCGAGGAUGCCGAGGCGACUUUGCCCUGGGACCAAGCUCAACACGAUGCAGCUUGCAAGAUGCCGCCGCCUGGGGUACUGGAGAUGGACGCCAGGCCUAGCCCAGAGGGGAGCAUAAAGGAGGAGGUUGUGGACAACGCCAUGGACCACCAGGCCUUCCUGAAGCCUCCUGAGGACAGCGAGAGCCACGGGAUGCCUGCCGUGGCAGCUCACGCCUUUGUCCCCAUCGACCCCCUCUGCAUCGAACGUCCUCCAAGGAGGCACAAGAAGUUGCAGUGGCAGCCUCGGGUGCCUGAGGACAGGAGACAAUGCGAGAAGGAGAAGGAAGACCCUGAGAAGCAAACCUUCAUCAUCCAAGGCUGCUCGGCCUGCUCGGAUGAUCUUCCCGGUCACGCCAGGGAGCCGUCCCAGGCCUCCUGUUGCCAGAAGAAGGGCAGCUGCAGCUCAGCCAACCUCAAAGCCGUGGCCUCCAUGAGUAGCGCCAUGAUCCUCUUCCCGUGCCUGAUCUACGGCGCCUACAUCUUCCUGCCCUUUGACGUUCCCCCCAUGACAACCAUGAGCUCCCGCCUCGUUUACACCCUUCGCUGCGGGGUUUUUGCCACGUUCCCCAUCAUUUUAGGGAUGGUCGUUUACGGGGUCUCCCGCCUCUGUUCCUCCUCCCUGCAGCCUUUUGAGGAGCUGAGCCGGGAGGUGGAGAUCCACCGGCACUACGUUUCCCAGUCGGUCCAGCUCUUCAUCCUCUACUUCUUCAACAUCGCGGUCCUUUCUACCUACCUGCCUCAGGAAGGCCUCAAACUGAUCCCGCUGCUGACGGCCCUUUUUGCAGUUUCACGCCUCCUCUACUGGCUGGCCUACGCCAUGGGCCGCUCCUUCCGAGGCUUCGGGUUCGGCUUGACCUUCCUCCCGCUUGUCGCCAUGAUGCUCUUCAACCUCUACAGCAUGUUUCUUCUGGACACAGAGAGCAUGUUUGCCGUGGCGGGUCGCAAGGCGGGUCCCCCCCCGGAGAAGGAGCAGCAGCUGGCGGCCUCCAGGCCCCGAUACUGGGGGUGAAGACGGCGAGAGCCCCCAGCCGGGGAAUGUCCCGCCGGCCUUUUCCUCGGUGGCUGAAGCGCUGCUGGCUCCUCUCGGCAGACCACAGAAUUGGGGGAGCCCCCGAGGCCACCUAGUCUACCCCCCUCAGCCCAGUUAAAGCAUCCCGGCGAGGAGAUAUCCAUUGAGGGGACGCCCGUCUCUUCUCCGCGCCAUCGGUUCCUCGGCCAGAUGGUUUGGAAGUCUUUUCUAGUGUCUUUUCAGCUGGGUGCCUUCCCUUCUCCUACUUGGAGGGAGAAAGCACAGUCUUGCCCCCCUUCUCCCUUGGGGGGGUGGGGGGGGACACGUGCUCCUCUUCCCCCUCUGCUGCAUUUCCUGAAGCUCCACAUGCCCCCAAACUGGGCUCUUUUCGCUUCCACUUCCUGUUCAUCUGUUCCCCUUUUCUGAGCCUCUUCCCAUUUCUCGGAAUCCUUCCUAAACCGGGAUGCCCAGAUAGGUCACGAAGUGGGCUCUGACCCCUGUAAGACAAACAGGAGCGAGUGCUUCCUAUAAUUUGGAAAUACCAGAUAAACCCAAACUGGUCUCGUGCCUGAUCAACAGACCGGACGACGUAGCCACGGAGGACCAGGCUGCUCCUCUUUCCGCUGGAAAGCAAAACUGGAAACAUCUCACGUCUCCAAAAUGGGGGCCAAAUUCUGCUGCGCAGUGUUCAAGAUGCAUUUGACAUGGGGCAGCCCCCACCUCUCUCUCUGCUAGAACCCACAGAUGGGGGACUGCUUCCAAACUUCUGCCUGAAAGUGGGUGGAAGAGCAGAGCCUUUCUAGGUCUGGAAGGGGGUCAUCCCACAGCUUGAGAGGUGCUGAUGCCAGGCAAAAGCUGAAAAUGGAUUUUUUUUUUUUUUUACAAGGGAUAAAAACUCAAGACGCAAAGCUUGCCUUGGAGCAGAGGUCACACUCCCACAAGAUGAUUUGGGGAGAGCAUAUUCAUCGGGGGGGGGCAUUAAACUAAGCAUUGGCAUGGUUAAGUGUAGCGUUUUCCCCAAAGAUGGACAAUAGAUUAAAUUGUAGUUAAGGUGGAGCAUGUUUAAAGCAUGUCAACUGUGGCAUUUUGCAAGCUCCACUGAGUAACCUCACCCCUCACCCAACCUUCAGUCUAGAAGCAGGAGCUGCAAAACAGGAUCAUUUCAGGCAAUAACCAUCACACCUUUUCCCCUCAUUCCCAGGAAUGGCACUGGGGGAGGAAGACACCAAACUCAGUUGAGUCACCCCAAAGCUAGCCAACUGGCCGCCACAAAGAAUACCAGCGAACUCCAGCUGUUUCACACAACAGGCUGAGCCCCCCUCCAUUUUCUCCUAAGAUGUACAAUCCUAACCAUGUAGUUAGUUUCUGGUCAGCUGUCUUGUGAGCAUCUAACAUUGGGUCCAUAGAUUAAACCAUGAUUAAUCUAGUCUUGGAUAAGGUGGUCAUGAAAAGUCAUUGAGGGUGGGCAACAAAUCACAGCUGGCGAUGGUUUGCCAGGUACAAUAACCCUUAGAAAAAUCCUACCAGUGUUUUGAGCCAAGAGGUUACUGGGCUAGGCUCACUUUGUAGCAGUCAACAAUAGUUUGGGUUUCAAAAGUGCAAGUUUUGCUCAUGAAACAUACUGAUUUGUUAUUUGGAAAAAAGUUGGCUCCAGAAGUCCAUUUGACCUGAGUAUUGUGUUCAUACAAUACUCUGAAUCAGCCAACCAUUUUAGCCUAGGGUCUUGUGAGUCCAGAAAAUUGAACUGCAUAACCUCCUGGUGACAUCUCAGCAGACCCUGUUGUUGUAGUUAAGCAAGGACCUUCUCGCAACUUCCUGCCAGCUUCCAACAAGUGAAGUCGAUGGGGAAGCCGGUAGGAAGCCGCAAGUCCUGGGCAGCUCACAAGCAGGCUGGCAGAUGGGUAAGUAGCUGCUGCCAGGCGUGGGAGGGCACGCAGGCAGCUGACACGGUGCAAGCACAGUCAGGCAUGCACUACAGAGUGCAAGUGGGGGUGCUGUGGGCACGCGCGCACUAUGGAGUAUAAGAUCCUGGGAUCCCCAGGAGAAAAAGCAGUGGGAACAACUUACCGGAGCCAUUGUGACAUUCCCUGCUGGCUUCCCCACUGACUUUGCUUGUGGCAAUCGUGCCUGCAGGAUGCUGCAACCAUAGUAAGUGCGAACUGGUUACCAAACACCUGAAUCGCGAUCAUGACCAUGGGGGUACUAGGAUGGCCAGAACUUUGAGGACCGGUCAUGCCACUUGUUCAAGCACUGUCGUAACUUCAAACAGUCACUGAAUGGGUGGUCCUUAACCAAGGACUGCCUGUAAUUGGUCCCAUUGUUUUGCAGAUCCUCAGGGAAUCUAGACAAGGCAGUCCCGCCAUAUGAAAACCAUCCUUUAGACAGCCCAUCCUAAGCAAUGAGGCUUAAACUACACAUACGUUAAAAUAAUUUUUAAAGGUAAAAUGGUCAUCUGAUCUUUAUUAGCAUCUUUGUCAGCCUUCCCAGGUAGAUCAGACAGGAAACGUGACCAGAUGAGUUAACAAAAUCUUGCAAGUCUGAAAAUAGA